UAUAUAUAACACAACAAUGAGAUGUUUGGAUGGACAGAAGACACUCACACUACAACAUUAAAGAUGAGUUCAAUUUUGUCACAAAAAGUACUUUUGUGGUCUUUGAUUUUGUUAGUGUACCAAUUUUCCAUCUCAUGCAAAGCCAACCAACAAAGUAAAUACCUCUACAAGUUUAUUCAAUCAAAGAGGUUUCAACAAAAGCCUUCUUCACAUGAAGAAGCUUUUUAUUUAAGUGCUUUUGUUGAUGAACAUGUUCCAAAUAAGGUACAUGUUGAAGAACAAUUAAGGUUGAUGAAAGCUGAUAAGGUGAAGGCUUUGCCUGGACAACCAAAAGGUGUGAAUUUUGAUCAAUAUGCUGGCUAUGUAACUGUGGAUACAAAAGCAGGGAGAGAACUUUUCUAUUACUUUGUUGAAUCACCUUUAAAUUCUUCCACAAAGCCUCUUGUUCUAUGGCUAAAUGGAGGACCCGGAUGCUCUUCAUUUGGGUAUGGAGCCAUGCAAGAAUUAGGACCUUUUAGAGUAAACAGUGAUGGAAGGACCCUUUCCCUUAAUAAAGAUGCAUGGAGUAAUGUGGCAAAUGUUAUCUUCCUAGAGUCACCAGCAGGUGUUGGAUUUUCUUAUUCAAACAAAACAUCAGAUUAUUCUAACAUUGGUGACAAUAGCACAGCCAGAGAUUCUUACAUUUUUCUUCUAAACUGGCUUGAUAGAUUUCCACAAUAUAAGACUCGAGAUUUCUUCAUAGCUGGUGAAAGUUAUGCUGGCCAUUAUGUUCCUCAGCUAGCUCACCUUAUUCUCUCAAAUAAUAAGAAAAUGAAACAUCACAGAGUUAUCAAUUUGAAAGGAAUCGCAGUUGGGAACGGCUGGAUAGAUGACAACUACUGUACAAAGGGAAUGUAUGACUAUUUCUGGAUGCAGUCGUUAAACUCUGAUGAAACUCAUCGAGGAAUUGAAAAACUUUGCGACUUUAGGAACUUCAACUUAACAAAUGAAUGCGUUGGAUAUCAAAAUAAAGCGGCUGAUGAGCUUGGAAAUAUCGACGUUUACAACAUAUAUGCCCCACUUUGUAAUUCUGCAACAAAAACUAGUUACUCUGGUAGUGAUUUUGACCCUUGUUCUGAAGAUUAUACAGUUGCCUACUUAAAUCUACCUAAAGUUCAAAAGGCUCUUCAUGCUAAAGCCAGAAAAUGGUCUUCUUGCAGUGACCUGAGUUGGACAGAUAGCCCAGCAAGUAUUCUACCAACUAUAAAUAGAUUAAUAUCAAGUGGUAUAAGCAUUUGGAUAUAUAGUGGUGAUAUAGAUGGGCGUGUUCCCAUAACCUCAACAAAGUAUUCAAUAAAUUCCUUAAAACUACCUGUAAAUACAGCAUGGCGUCCAUGGUACACUGGCAAAGAGGUUGGAGGAUAUGUGAUUGGUUACAAAGGGCUCACACUUGUCACCGUAAGAGGUGCUGGACAUAUGGUUCCAAGUUACCAACCACACAGAGCACUAUCCUUGAUCGCAUCUUUCCUUCAUGGAAAACUUCCUCCUGAAUCAAACUCUUAACUCUAUUCAGUGUAUAUUAGUAAACUGUGUAAAACUUUGAUUCGAGUGUCAUGUACAAUAAUUUAUUAAUGAAAAAAUAUGUGUUCAAUUUCUAACUCUAUUCAGUGUAUAUUAAUCGAGUUUUUACGUUAACUAAUUUAGUCAAUAACUUAUUUUACUUUUAA